AUGCAGAAAGUAAGAGGAAACUACUGCAUUAUACAUCCUGAGGAUAAUGACAUGAUGGAUACAGUAGAAUUAAAAAAUUCCGGAGGUAAAAUAGUCCCCCAUUCGGAUCUCCGGGCGGGGACUAAUGCUACUAAGUAUUCAUUAAAGGAGAAGAACAAAAUAAGGAAAAGAAGAAUAGGAACGUGGAAUGUAAGGUCUUUAGGGAUCUGUGGUAAAUUGGAGAACCUCGAAAUUGAAAUGGAACGACUUAAAAUAGAUAUAAUAGGAAAAAGUGAAUUAAAAUGGAUAGGUAAAGGAGAUUUCUGGUCGGAAGGCUACAGAAUUAUAUUUAGCGGAGAUGACCACAGAGUAACAGGAGUUGGUUUCAUACUAAACAAGGAAAUAGGAAAAAAAGUAGUAGAAAUUGUUCAAUAUAAUGAUUGA